ACCAGUGAAAACAACUUUUCUUUUCUCCGUGAAAAUCUCAAACUCCACCUGCAACAUCUCUCUCUCUUAAGCCACGCUGCGGAGAAGCUUGGGUUCCAAUAGCCACUGCACAGAUGGCAUUCACGGAAUAUAGGCGACUUGACGAGGACUCUUUAAUAGAGUACAUCAAAGCGACGCCUUCUUUGUCCUCCAAGAUUGGUAACAAGUUCGAUGACUUGACCAUCAAAGAAGUCGGAGAUGGAAACCUUAAUUUCGUCUAUAUCGUUAUUGGCACUUCUGGUUCUUUUGUCAUCAAGCAGGCUCUUCCAUACAUACGGUGUAUUGGUGAAUCAUGGCCCAUGACAAAGGAGCGAGCAUAUUUUGAGGCAAUGGCAUUGAAAGAGCAUGGACAGCUGUGCCCAGGUCAUGUUCCCGAAGUCUAUCAUUUUGACCAUACUAUGGCGUUGAUUGGUAUGCGAUACUUGGAGCCUCCACAUAUUAUCCUAAGAAAAGGGUUGAUUGCUGGAAUUGAGUAUCCAUUGCUUGCGGAACACAUGUCAGAAUACAUGGCAAGGACUCUUUUCUGCACAUCUCUUCUUUAUCGUACUACCAUGGAGCACAAACGUGCUGUUGCUGACUUUUGUGGAAAUGUGGAGCUAUGCAGGCUUACUGAGCAGGUUGUUUUUUCGGACCCCUAUAAAGUAUCUCAAUAUAACCGUUGCACAUCUCCUUUUCUUGACCGUGAUGCUGAGGCUGUGCGGGGGGACAACAUUUUAAAGCUUGAAGUAGCUGAGUUGAAAUCCAAGUUCUGUGAAAGAGCACAAGCUCUGAUACAUGGGGAUCUCCACACUGGGUCUGUCAUGGUUACUCAUGAUUCAACUCAGAUUAUAGAUCCAGAAUUUGCAUUUUAUGGACCAAUGGGUUUUGAUAUUGGAGCUUUUCUUGGAAACUUAAUUUUGGCUUAUUUUGCUCAAGAUGGACAUGCUGAUCAAGGGAAUGAUCGGAAAACAUAUAAAAAAUGGAUUUUGAAAACAAUUGAAGAGACUUGGACUCUAUUCCACGAUAAGUUCACAGCACUUUGGCAUCAACACAAGGAUGGGUCGGGUGAGGCAUACCUUCCAGAAAUUUAUAAUAACCCUGAUCUUCAGCUGCUUAUACAAGAAAAAUAUAUGAAAGAAUUAUUCCAUGACACCCUUGGAUUUGGUGCUGCCAAAAUGAUAAGGAGGAUUGUUGGUGUUGCCCAUGUUGAGGAUUUUGAAUCAAUUACAGAUGCUAGCAAACGUGCAGCUUGUGAGAGGCGAGCUCUUGAAUUGGCAAAAACACUUCUGAAGGAAAGGCGAAAAUUCCAAACCAUUACUGAAGUUGUUUCAGCAAUUCAGCUUCAGCCGUAACACAAGUUUUAUGUAAGAUUGGUGGUUAGUUUCAUGUGGUGAGGUUCUGUAUGAAAGCAGUUUCACGUUCUUGCUUAAAAUGGGGGAAAAAGAGAAGCAAGUUUCGUUGACUCUGAACAAGCGGUGGUGAGAGAACCACUACUUAUUGCAAUAUUAUCUUGGCUGUGAUUGUAUUGUCGUGACUGGGUGCAUAUCAGAGUAUAAAAUUUCCCUCUAUUUACUA